GUCUCAGUGUGGUUGUUGAAAGCCAGGGUUCAGAGUUCUGUCAGUGUUCUGCUGUGUCAUACUUGACGUAUUCUUCUCAUCAAAUAUUAUUUGAAUACAGGAAUACUUUUUUAUUUUCACAAGAUUCCUUUAAAUGUAAAUUGAGAAAUUGAAAACACUACUGUAUGAAACCUUCCUUUGAGAGAGAGAAGAAAGAAAACAACAAGAUUGUUACUUUCUGCUAGAAAAGACAGGAGAAAACUGCGCUGGUGCAUUUAGUUUUUGUAACGCCUAAAAAGAAAAAUAGUACACAUUGUAAGCUAUCAAGCAAGGAGAAUGAGUAACAAACUGAAACGCAAGAGAAAGAGCAGGGAAGAAAGUAAUAAAGAAAUGUCUACCAAUUUAAAAUACCUUUCCCUGGGCAUCCUGGUUUUUCAGACCACAAGUUUAGUGUUGACAAUGCGUUACUCUCGGACACUGAAAGAAGAAGGACCUCGUUACUUGUCCUCUACUGCAGUAGUUCUUGCUGAACUUCUGAAGAUUCUGUCCUGUGUUCUACUGGUCUACAAAGACAGCAAGUGCAAUUUACGGACCCUGAACAGAGUGCUGCAUGAUGAAAUUCUUAAUAAGCCCAUGGAAACUCUUAAACUUGCCAUUCCUUCAGGAAUUUACACUCUUCAGAAUAACUUGCUCUAUGUAGCAUUGUCAAACCUAGAUGCAGCCACAUAUCAGGUUACAUAUCAACUGAAAAUUCUUACCACAGCACUAUUUUCCGUGUCCAUGUUAAGCAAGAAAUUGGGUAUAUACCAGUGGCUGUCGUUGGUAAUUUUAAUGACAGGAGUGGCAUUUGUGCAGUGGCCUUCAGACUCUCAAGCAACAGCUGCUAAGGAGCAUUCAGCAGGAUCUCAGUUUGUAGGCCUGAUGGCAGUUCUUAUAGCUUGCUUUUCUAGUGGAUUUGCAGGCGUUUAUUUUGAGAAAAUUUUAAAGGAAACUAAGCAGUCUGUGUGGAUAAGAAACAUUCAGCUUGGAUUCUUCGGCAGCAUUUUUGGUCUGAUGGGUGUAUAUAUAUAUGAUGGAGAGCAGCUGUCCAAAAAUGGAUUUUUUCAAGGAUAUAAUAAACUUACUUGGAUAGUUGUUAUUCUACAGGCACUUGGAGGCCUGGUGAUUGCUGCUGUUAUAAAAUAUGCAGACAACAUUUUAAAGGGAUUUGCAACUUCUCUCUCUAUUAUACUUUCAACGUUGAUCUCCUAUUUCUGGCUUCAGGAUUUUGUCCCCACGGGUGUCUUUUUCUUCGGAGCCAUCCUUGUAAUAGCAGCUACUUUCCUAUAUGGUUAUGAUCCCAAACCCGCAGGAAAUCCCAUUAAGGCAUAGCUGACUACUUCAACCUGCUUCUCAAGAUCAUACACUGGGGGCCUUGCUAAAAAUGGCAUGUGGAAGGUGCCAUUGUGCACUGCAAGGGAAGGAUUACUACCCUGAAUCGAGUGAAGAAAUUUUUAUGAGUAGUUUUGAACAGCCAAACGGGUUACAGAUGGAUGAUGAUUCUGACUGGGACUGGUGGAAAAAAAUGACAGGGGAAAGCCCAGUGCAACUUGCUAAUAAAAACUUGAAGUGAACAAAAAGUUUCCAAGAAACUGCAAUUGGGAAUGUUUACAGCUUUGACCUGGGAUUGCAUCAAAAGAAUUUACUGUAUUGACUGCUGCACUCUGUCCUAUGCACUCUUUGAAACAGCACACGACAACAUUGUCAGAUUGUAUGUUUUUGCAAUUUGACUAUAUUUAAUGUUAGUACAUGUUUUUAACUGUUUGUCUAUUUACAUGAAGUCGACUGAAUGCACAUCAUAGUUCUAAAGGGACGGUUCUAAUUAGGUAUUCCUUAUUAAAACUAUGGAAAUUGAAGUAUGACUGAAAGACAUUUUCACAAUAACAAAUAUUUUUAUAUUUUAGAAGGCUGAUUUAAUAACAGAGAUCUGUGUUCUGUUGCUUAUAUAAAGCUGUUGUAAGAAUGUUAACAUUCUCACCAGUACACAAAGGGAGAAACUGAGAAUGAAAGCUGGAAAUCUGUGUAGAUACUCCAGCCAUCGUGAGGAUAACCUGUAGUGUUCCAGCAGAUGCAAUAACUCUGUGAGCACAGGACACAGUUUGCUGCAGUAAUCUGGCACUAUGAGGUGGGUUAUAAUGGAGUGCUUGCUGAGAUGUUAUGUUCACUGUUUUUUAUUUUUAUUGAUCAUAAAUCAACUUAUUGGUAGAACUUCUAAAGUAGAGUGUAGUGGGGUUUUUCGCUUUUUUUUGUUUGUUUGCUUCUUUUUUUUUCUUUCUGCUUUAAGUAUCCCCUGAGGAUGUUUCUUUACCUGCAAUUAAAGAAAAAAAAAAAAAAAAGCCCAUAAUAAAUAUUUUAAAUGCAUUGUUGUUGUUUGUUGCAGCUCCAGAUUGAGCUAUUGUGGUGUAUUAUCUGUGUACUGUACUGUAUUUUAUGAGAGGCUUUUUUUUUUUUUUUAACAAUUGUUGUUUACUUAUGAACUCUCAAAGUCUGUCUCAGUACAUUUGUAUGUAAUGGCGUAAUUAGAGUUUUUUAUUUUCAUUAUUAUUAUUAAUUUUGUUUUGGAGUCUUUGAGCUAACAGACCAAAAUGGAUUCUGUGGGGCUGUUCAGUCUAGUAGUGGAAUUACUCUAAAAGGAAAGAGAAUGAAAAAGUACCGAAUUGUGCAAUAGAUAAAUAUAAAAGCAUACUGUUCUUUUGUUUUCAACCAAAAGAAAAAACUCAUGAAGAAACAUAUGCAGAUCAAACAUUUUGUUUGUUGAAGUACUUGCAUGUAGCCAACUGAGAAAGAAACACACAAAAACAGUGCCAGAACAGUAAACAAACAAAGAAAAGGCUUAAAAAUCACUUGGUUUUAGGAGACCUAUUCACAAUGGAUAUUAAUGUAGGUGACUUCUUACCUAUUCAUUACGUACUUGUAUGUAUGCAUUGUACAAAAACAUAUCAGUGGUCCCUUCCCAUUCAGUCAAGUGUUAAAAAGCUUUGUUGUUGUUGUUGUUGUUCUUUUUCCCUCUGCUCUAUCUCACUUCUUUCUUGUGCUGAUGAAUAUGAUGUGAAGAGAGAGAUGUUUCAAAACCUUUACCAAGGUACCUCCGUUCCUUUUCCACAACUACUCAGUUGUGGAUUGCAAAAAGAGGGAUUCUCUAAGAGGACUAUGAGAUUUUUAAUUAAAUAUUUAAUUAACAUUUAAUUAAAUAUUGUAAAGAAAAAGGAAAAAAAUCUGCUUUUAUCAGCCAAGUGAAAAUAGUCUUUUCUUUUGUUGUUGAUUACAUGAAUUAUGUCUGUAGCAUCAGAGCAAGACAGUGAAGAAAUUUCAGAGUUAUGCCAAGGGCUUACGAAGCUUUCUGAACUGUGAAUCCCAGCGUGCCAUAAUUGCAAGAGCUAUGCUACUCAGUAGUUAAAAUUGUCUAAUGUUACCCUAAAUUAGCAUCCUACUUUACUAACCUUUCACCUAUAAUCCUCAAUCUGCCUAAGUGAAAAAUGACAUUUAGUCCUGUCACUACUGACAUGCAACGUGAGGUCAGACGUAUGCAGAGCAUUGCUUGGUGCAGGAUGGGAGGUAUGUGUGACCAAAACAAUCUGACAAGUGUAAUAUUUGGCCUACACAGCGAUGGUACUUUUAAUUUCAUGAAGCACAAAUCACAGUAAUGGAAAUGUUCAGGUCAUAUAACUGGAUACUUUGUUGAGGAGUUUCUCAGGAGUGAGGAGAAGCAAAUUCAGAAUGUAAAACCAAUUGCAUAGAAAGGGCUCAAAUAGGCCAAACGAUUACACAGUUUUAAUAUAUCAGGUGCAUCAAGUUUGUCUUUAAGCAUUAGCUUUUAGGAAGUAACAGGAAUAUGUGAUCUUUGCUUCUGAAUAGGAUGUCAUCUUACAGCCUUGGAAAACAAUGUAUGUACUGUAUUAGGGAUCAGUAAUUUCUGUCUGUAGAUCAAGAACUGUCAAUUUCCAGUCCAUUAAAUUUCCUAGCAGAAGGGUAAAUCUCUUUAUAUGUUUGUGACUGUAAAGGAGAUAAGACUUUGCAGUUUUAGCUGCCUUUCCUCAGCUGUUUACAGAGCCUGAGGGCCCUGCGGGCUGAAAAGCAUUAUUCUGGAGAGAGGGAAGGCUCUGCGUGCUUCUUGUGAUGGUGAAAGAUUUGAGGAAGGUUGCAACUGCUACAGAAAUCAAUCAAUCUGAGAGCAUAAGUGUGGUUUCCCUUUGGGGUACUUUUGGAUCUGAGGAAAAAGAAGUUUUACUUCUGUCGUUCAUUAACUAACCAAAGAAACUUAGGUAGUUGGCACAGAGCUCUGGGAAGCAGGGAGUAGCGUGCUUUGAGUCUGCCCUAAAAGCGGUCUGUAGGAGUAUAACAUUCCAAAAAUGAUCUUGUCCUUCUGAUCUAUAUUUCUGAUUUUAAGACAAUGGAUUUUUUAGUUUAGUUGUAUAUUUAGGAGGCUAAUCCAUACUCAACAGAAUUUUAUUUAAAUAUUUAUAAUGUUAUAACGAGGUAUUUAUUUGCAUAAUUUGAAUUAUGUCAUUUUUUAAAGGCUUACAUAAUGGGAUUACCAGUAUUUAUUGAAUUCUUGGAUGCUUAGUAGGGUUGUUUGUUUGUUUUAAUCUCUGGGAUACCUGAUAAAUGGUGAAAUACCAGUCAGCUAUUAGAACUCUCCUCAAAGCAAAAUAAAUCAUCAGUUCAGUGGUGAAAACUCUUAAAUCUAACAUGGUAAGAUAAACUUUCCUUUUGUAAUAUUUUCCAUUGUAAUUUUGUGCUGUCCACAAGUGCCCAGUUAUCUCUUUCUCAAGGAGUUCUGAUAACUGUAUAGUUUUAUGGAAGUUCUUUGCUUUAGACAAACUGCAACAUAAGUUACUUCUUUGUUUGCUUUAAUAAUAAAAGGUAGAUUCGUGUUCUAUUUCCUGCUUGUACAAAAUAAUACCUGUUUAUACUAUAACUUUUUAAGACAUUUGUUUUACUUUUUUUCUCAAAGAAAUGAUUAUAUUUUGUUAGCAUAUACUUAUGUUUCAGUUAUUCAUGGGGUCCUUUUUCAGAUUUUUAAGAUCAUAUUAUUGUUUUGUGUUCCUGACUUAGUUUUAUGGCUCUAAAUCGAGAGACUGUAAUGGAUUUUGUUGAACUGUUUUAAUAUUGAUAAAUGAGACUUUGCAUUUC